GGAGCAAUGCAUCUCUUUGCAUGUCUGUGCAUUGUCCUUAGCUUUUUGGAAGGAGUGGGCUGUUCAUGUCCUUCACAGUGCACCUGUGAUUAUCACGGCAGAAAUGACGGCUCAGGAUCAAGGUUGGUGCUAUGUAAUGACAUGGAUAUGAACGAGCUGCCUACGAACCUCCCCGUGGACACUGUGAAGCUUCGCAUAGAGAAGACUGUCAUCCGCAGAAUCUCCGCGGAGGCCUUCUAUUACCUGGUGGAGCUCCAGUAUCUCUGGGUGACUUACAAUUCUGUGGCCAGCAUUGACGUCAGCAGCUUUUACAACCUGAAGCAACUGCAUGAGUUGCGCUUGGAUGGGAAUUCUCUGGCUGCUUUCCCUUGGGCAUCUCUGCUGGACAUGCCCCUUUUGAGGACCCUGGACUUGCACAAUAACAAACUAACCAGUGUGCCAAAUGAGGCGCUCAGGUAUCUGAAGAACCUUGCCUACUUGGAUUUAUCAAGCAACAGACUCACCACAUUGCCACCAGAUUUCCUGGAGAGCUGGUCUCAUUUAGUUACAACACCUUCUGGAGUCCUGGACCUUUCCCCAAGCAGGAUUAUUCUUGGUCUACAGGACAAUCCUUGGUUCUGUGACUGUCAUAUUUCCAAAAUGAUUGAGUUGUCAAAGGUUGUUGACCCUGCUAUAGUGCUUCUGGAUCCACUGAUGACUUGCAGUGAACCUGAGCGCCUCACAGGAAUUUUGUUUCAGCGGGCUGAAUUGGAGCGUUGUCUGAAACCAUCAGUGAUGACCUCAGCCACCAAAAUCAUGUCUGCUCUGGGCAGUAAUGUUCUACUGCGGUGUGAUGCCACUGGCUUCCCCACCCCACAGCUCACAUGGACCAGAUCUGACAGCUCGCCAGUUAAUUACACAGUAAUACAAGAAUCUCCAGAGGAAGGAGUAAGAUGGUCCAUAAUGAGCUUGACAGGCAUUUCUUCCAAAGAUGCUGGGGAUUACAAAUGUAAGGCCAAAAAUCUGGCUGGGGUGUCAGAAGCUGUGGUUACUCUGACAGUGCUUGGCAUUACCACAACUCCAAUACCACCAGACACUUCUGAAAGAACUGGAGAUCAUCCUGAGUGGGAUGUCCAGCCGGGACCUGGAAGAUCUACAUCUGUAUCUAGCGCAUCAUCAUAUCCUUGGUCCUCUUCCUUCUCCCCUACAUCUUCUUUUUCUGCUUCUACUUUGCCUCCUCCCUCUACUGCUUCCUUCUCUUUAUCUCCUUUCUUCUCCUCCACUGUUUCUUCAAACACAACUCUGAGCACAAGCAUCUCAGCAAAUACCACCAUGGCCAACAAGCGAUCAUUCCAGCUCCGCCCAGGUGGGAAAAUAAAUUUAAAGGUGGCAAAGAAUGGAAGUAAACUUCCUCCAGCCAGCACAAGUAAGAAAGAAGAGCUGGCAUUGUUGGAUCAAACAAUGCUUACGGAGACAAAUGCCACAAUAGAAAACCUCAGAGUGGUCAGUGAGACUAAAGAGAGUGUGACAUUGACGUGGAAUAUGAUCAACACCACACAUAACUCUGCAGUGACUGUGUUGUAUUCCAAGUAUGGUGGGAAGGACCUGCUGCUGUUGAAUGCAGACUCCAGCAAGAACCAAGUAACCAUAGAUGGCUUGGAACCUGGUGGGCAAUACAUGGCUUGUGUCUGUCCAAAAGGAGUGCCUCCCCAGAAAGACCAAUGCAUCACCUUUUCUACUGAAAGAGUUGAAGGAGAUGAUUCUCAAUGGUCUCUCCUUCUUGUGGUGACCAGUACUGCCUGUGUUGUUAUCCUACCAUUGAUUUGUUUCUUGUUGUACAAAGUUUGCAAACUGCAAUGUAAGUCAGAACCUUUUUGGGAAGAUGAUUUGGCAAAAGAGACUUAUAUCCAAUUUGAGACCCUGUUUCCCAGGUCUCAAAGUGUAGGUGAGCUCUGGACACGAACGCACAGGGAUGACUCAGAGAAAUUGCUGCUUUGUUCUAGGUCAAGUGUGGAAUCUCAGGUGACUUUUAAAAGUGAAGGUUCCAGACCAGAGUAUUAUUGCUAAGGUUCUGCAGCCCAGGUGCAUGUGAGCUACAAAACUAGCAUCUGAGGGUAUAAUUGACCCUAGGUUUGGAUGACUUUUGGACAGACUUUCACAUUGUACAUGAAAAUCACAAAUGGAAUGGUUUUAAGUAUGUUUAAAAAAUGCCAUGAGACCUCUGAACUGAAAAGACAAAUAAUGUUGAUUUUUUUUCUUGUGUGGAAUAGGUCUACAGAAAUAAUUUUUAGAGUGGUGCUUAAAAAAUUAUUAAUACUUUUUAGGGUAAUGUUUUAGUUCUUAAAAAUAAGUUCAUGUGAAAGUAGCAAGUGAACUCUGUAUUUAAAAAUAUAGUUUUUUGAGUAAUGAGGAAGCAUUAGCAAAACCAGCUAAGCCUUGAUGUUUAUUCAUGUUCGAAGUGCAUUAUGGCAUUUGCUGUGGACGUUUUCUGACACUGCCUAAUGGAGAGCAUGGGAUCAUAAAGGAUUUUGCAUUCACUAAGGUUAAAUCUAACUCACGGGAGAGAGAGGGCUCUGUCUCUUGGUACCAUUAUGCAUUAUGAUACUAUAGAGUUGUGCUCAUGUUGUUUGUAAGAAAAACUUUGCUUUUCUUUAGAAAUAUAGGUAUUAGCAAAAGUAAGUAUACAAAGAGGAUUAUGACAAAUAGACCAUUUCUUUAAAAAUGGUAACUGUUGCAUUUAAACACAUCUGCUGACAGAUUAUAUGGAUAUUUAAAAAUAACUUUAAAUCAAUCUUUUAAUAUUUUGCUAUUUGCUCUUAUUUUCUCCCUUCUUUCUUCCUUCCUUGUCUUCCCUCCCUUUCCUUCCUUCAUUCUUUCUUCUGCUCUGUCAGAAGAUAUACAAGUUGCCAAAAGAUCACGAGCCAAGCUGUUUGUCUUUUGCCAUAUUAUCUUUUGAUUCUCUUGAUAAAGAGAAAGCUUUUGAAAUUACUUACUGCUCUUUGAAAACCUGUUUUAGAACCCCAAAGGAUAUUUUAGGACUUUAAAAGGGAAGCUUCAGUGGAUUCAUUUGGUUAGACUCUUUUCCUAGGUUAAAAACAUCGGGGAACUUAAACACAUAGGAAAGGAGUUCAUAAAUAAAAUUUAGUUAUUUUAGGAAGAGAAUAUUUUAAUAACUGUAGUAUAAUACAAGAGGCAUCUCGUGGCUUUAAGAUUAAUGAUAGCGAUAAGGCCCACUCAAGCAUCUCACAGGGGUGUUAUUACAUGUCACUUAGCAGGAUGCAGCCUGGCCCAGGGAUUUCCAGAAGACAAGGCCACCUCAGCACAGAUGCAACUUUCAUAAAUCUUAGAACAAAGCCUAACCUUACUAGAUUAAACUUGCUCUAUGAAAGAAACACUUGGUAAUUGACCCAGACUGAAUACAUGCAUGUAUAAGAAAUGGGAAAGAUCUCCCAAACUCUGAGAAUGGUCCUCAAAUAGAAGCUCGCCUAGUCAGUUGGUCAUCUGACCUCUGACUAUAUCCGGCCCAUGACACCAGCCAGCUCCUGCUUUCUGUCUUGUAAGAGCACUGCUGGAAUAAGCUACUUGAGCAUUA